GAAAAUCAUCCAAUGAAAACUCUAUGGAUCACAACAAAACAUUUUCUGGUGCAGUGCUGGAGAAUGAGAAAGGUUGAAAGGCAACAAUGGACUCAAGCACGCCGGUGUUGAUGAGGAUGGCAGGGAACCGGCCCGUGAUUCAUUCUGUGUACGUGAGAUCUCCACAAGUCAGAGGCAACUCUACGGCAACUAACAACUACUAACCAAUAUCUAUUAGAGAGAAUAAAAUUGGAUAAAUGUGACAAUAAACUAAAUGUGAGACAAUAAGCAUAUUUAGGCUAAUUUCUUUCUACACUAUUAUUUUCCUUUUUUUUUAGGAUUAUUUGCCUCUGUCUCUGCUAUUCAAAGUCAAGUACCCAAAGAUGCCCAACUCUACCACAGUCACUGAAUUCCUGCUUAUGAGGUUUUCUGAUGUGUGGGAGCUCAGAGUCUUGCAUGCCAUGUUAUUCCUCAUGAUGUACGUGGCAACCCUGCUGGGGAACCUUCUCAUUGUCACAGUAACCACUCUCGCCCAGAGUCUUCACACCCCCAUGUAUUUCUUCCUUAGAAAUCUGUCUGUCCUGGACAUGUGCUACAUUUCCGUCACUGUACCCAAGGCAUGUGUCAUCUUCCUGCUUGACAACAGGGUAAUCUCCAUGGUUGGAUGUGCAGCUCAGAUCUUCCUUGUGAUUUUGUUUGCUUCUGCAGAGCUGUUAUUUCUCACCAUCAUGGCCCGUGACCGCUAUGUGGCCAUCUGCCAACCCCUCCACUACCCUGUGAUCAUGAACCCUCGGGCCUGUGUCCAAAUGACACUGGCCACCGUAUUCAGUGGUCUGAUCUAUGCAGGUGUGCACACUGGCAAUGCAUUCCGGUUGUCCUUCUGUCAUUCCAAUGUGGUCCAUCAGUUCUUCUGUGAUGUCCCAUCUCUGCUGAAACUCUCCUGCUCUGACACUCUCAGCAAUGAGAUUGUAAUUUUUGUCUCUGUAGUGGUUAUUGCAGGUGGCUGCUUUAUCUUCAUCAUCAUGUCUUAUAUUCACAUAUUUUCUGCUGUGCUCAAGCUUCCAACCAGAGGAGAGCGAGGAAAGGUCUUUUCUACCUGUGUUCCUCACAUUCUUGUGGUGACAGUCUUUGUCGUCUCAGGCAUUACGGUCUAUAUGAAGCCAACCUCCAAUUCACCUACAACUCAGGACAUGAUUAUUUCUGCGUUCUAUUCUAUAGUCCCUCCUUUCCUCAAUCCUAUUAUCUAUAGUCUCAGAAAUAAGCAGAUAAUUGAGGCUAUAAGGACAGUUAUGAGUAGAAUGCUCUAG